UUAUUCGUCGGCUCUUUCUAUAUACAAAUUGAUAUAUAAUACUAACGUUGAUUCAAACAUUUUGUGUGCGCCGGAUGAUCGACGACGUUUGAAUUCAUCAUAAAAAGGAAAAGUUUGUUAGCUUUCGGUGUUAUUAUCGAUGUGAUACGGUAGUGUUAAGAAGCUCGUUUAGUUUAUAUCGGUCGAGACAAUAGUUUCUAACUGUGUGAAUUUAAUUUGAAACGGGCCGGGAGUACAUUAUUGGAGUAGAACAUUGAAGAAAAGGAUCCCUACACUAACAAUGGCACCCAAUAUCAUCGGAAAUUCGUUUAUUUUAGCUGAAACAACAAUCGAACCAAAUAAUGCAAAUUCUGUACGAAUUUUAUCAGCAAAAAACGACACAAGAUUACACGAAAUUCAUAAGACAAAUCAUUCAACAAAAGGACUUUUUAGCUUUAAUAAGUCAGACAUUGUAUGGAGGAAUGUCAUCGCAUUUUUAUAUUUACAUAUUGCCGCUUCGUAUGCUGUGUAUCUUUUAGCAUCUGGACGGGCACAAAUUCUCACAUUUUGUAUAGCGUAUAUAUAUGGUGCCCUAGGAGGUUUUGGAAUAACAGCAGGUGCUCACAGGCUAUGGGCGCAUAAGGCAUACAAAGCAAAAUGGCAACUUCGACUUAUUCUGAUGAUUUUCAAUACUAUUUCGUUUCAAAAUAGUAUCUUCGAAUGGGUUAGAGAUCACAGAGUGCAUCACAAGUUCUGUGACAGUGAUGCUGACCCACAUAACGUACAACGAGGUUUCUUCUUUUCACACAUGGGUUGGCUGUUGCUGAAGAAGCAUCCCGACGUUAAAUCGAAAGGAGCCUCAAUCGAUAUGAACGAUUUGAAGCAGGACGAAAUUGUUAUGUUUCAACGGCGACAUUAUCUGAAGAUAAUGCCGAUUUUCUGCUUUGUCAUUCCAACGUUGAUUCCAAUGUAUGUGCUGAACGAAUCCUUAUCGGGGUCAUUUUAUGUGGGCGCAAUUUUACGAUACGUAAUAACAUUACAUUCGACGUGGUUGGUGAAUAGUGCCGCUCAUAUGUGGGGCAUGCGACCAUACGAUAAAAACAUUAGGUCGGCGAAUAACAUUUUUGUGUCGUUGGUUUCGUACGGCGAAGGCUGGCACAAUUACCAUCACGUAUUUCCGUGGGACUAUAAAACGGCUGAGCUGGGCGACUACCGAUACAACUUUUCAACCGCAUUCAUUGAUUUCUUCGCGAAAAUCGGUUGGGCGUACGAACUGAAAACCGUCUCGGACGAUAUGAUUCGAAAACGAGCUGCACGAACCGGCGAUGGAUCGAACAAGUACAGUCGAUGCAUUAGGAAUGGUGUUGUAAAGAAGGAGGACCUGGAACAUCAUGAUGACGACAGUAUGGUCUGGGGAUGGGACGAUAAAGAUAUGAAUGACGAAGACAAAGAGGAUGCACUUAUUAUUAAGAAGACCGAAUAAAUUUGUAAUGAAAUUGA